CAUACCUUCCGAUUUCAUUUCUGUAAUACAGAGUAAUAAACUGAUCCAAGUAGUUUAUAUUCUAAUGUGCUAGAGAUGAAAUUUGCUGAACAUCUUUCUGCUCAUAUAACUCCAGAAUGGAGAAAACAAUAUAUAAAUUACGAGGAAAUGAAAGCCAUGUUAUACAUGGCCGUAGAAGAAGCUCCAUCAGCAGAAAGCGUAGAGCCAGAAAUUGCAGCAAGACAUUUUGCAAACUUUGAUGAACAGUUUUUCCUGUACUGUGAUAAAGAAUUAAAAAAAAUCAACACUUUCUAUGCAGAAAAAUUAGCAGAGGCCACUAGAAAAUUUGCAAAUCUAUAUAGUGAAUUAAAAGAUUCUCUAAUCCAAAUCAGGAUGGGGAAAAGGAAAGAUGGGGGUGGUAAAAAAGUGCCAGCAAGGAAACUCCAGGACCUUAAAUUGGCUUUUAGUGAAUUUUAUUUAAGUCUUAUUUUAUUGCAAAAUUACCAAACACUUAAUCAUACUGGGUUUCGAAAAAUAUUGAAAAAGCAUGACAAGUUACUGAAUACCGAUUUAGGUGUCAAAUGGAGGCAAGAGCAAGUAGAAACCUCACAUUUCUUUACAAACAAAGAUAUUGACAAACUGAUAAAUGAUACUGAAAAUAUGGUGACGAAUGAACUUGAAGGCGGAGACAGGCAAAGAGCAAUGAAACGAUUACGAGUUCCUCCUCUAGGUGAACAGCAAUCACCCUGGACUACAUUUAAAGUUGGCCUUUUCUCAGGAUCAUUUAUUGUAUUACUUACUGCAGUCGUUUUAUCUGCGAUUUUCCAUGAAAGUACUAGCGAGAAUUUAAAAGUUGCAUUCCGCUUAUACAGAGGACCACUCCUAAUUGUCGAGUUUUUAUUCCUUAUUGGAGUUAAUGUGUAUGGAUGGAGAUCAUCAGGAGUAAAUCACGUUUUGAUCUUUGAGCUUGAUCCUAGAAAUCACUUAUCGGAGCAACAUUUGAUGGAACUGGCUGCUAUAUUCGGUGUUGUUUGGGCUUUAAGUCUAUUAAGCUUUCUCUACAGCGCCAGUUUAAGCAUUCCACCAUACGUCAACCCACUUGGUUUGGUACUAAUUAUGAUUGCAUUUAUUGCAAAUCCUUUGAAGGUUUUCAGACAUGAUGCCAGAUUUUGGUUUUUAAGGAUAUGUGGUCGCAUGUUUGCAGCACCAUUCUUUCAUGUAGGAUUCGCUGACUUUUGGCUUGCGGAUCAGCUUAAUAGCUUUGUAGGUGCUCUGCUAGAUUUUGAAUUUUUGGCCUGCUUUUACGUUACAAACGGAAAUUGGUUACAAGCUGGAGGUGAAUUAGUGAUCACAGAUAUAGAUGCAUGUUCAUUUUAUAAAUACGUAUUUUCAGAUACUAGCCAGUGUAUGGAAAAAGAUUUUAUUAUUAGACCCAUUGUAAAUUGUAUACCGGCUUGGGUGCGUUUUGCUCAGUGCCUAAGACGUUACUACGACACUAAAGAGGCCUUUCCACAUCUUGUUAACGCAGGAAAAUAUGCUAGUACAUUUUUUGUCGUAAUAUUUGCAACGUUGAAGACAAUACAUAAGGAUAAUUAUACAACUCCUACAGAAAACCCGUAUGUGUUUUUGUGGAUAAUAUCUCAAAUAAUUAGUUCGUCUUAUGCCUAUACAUGGGAUAUAAAAAUGGACUGGGGAUUAUUAGAUAAAUCUGCAGGGGAAAAUACUCUCUUAAGAGAAGAAAUUGUUUACUCUUCCACGUUUUUUUAUUACUUUGCCAUUAUCGAAGACUUCAUUCUGAGAUUCGCCUGGGCAAUAUCUUUAUAUUUAACCGAAACAGGUUAUGUCAGCGGUGAUAUAAUGACAUCAAUUCUGUUACCAUUAGAAGUAUUCAGGAGAUUUGUCUGGAAUUUUUUCCGACUGGAAAACGAACACUUAAACAACUGUGGUAAGUUCAGAGCGGUUCGAGAUAUUUCAGUAGCUCCAAUUGAUUCUUCCGAUCAAACGCAAAUAUUGAGAAUGAUGGACGAGGAGGAUGGUGUAGUGAACAGAGGAAAAAGGAAGCUCGGAAAGAAGAAGGAAGACAAAAAACCAUUGUUACAAGACGAGUCGAUAAUUAGUUUUAAAGCGAUUCCUGUGUCUACGAUCCAGGCUUAAAAGUUUUAUCGUGGACAUGUCAAAUUUUCUUAUAAAUGCAAGUACUGCCUGCCUCAAUUCACCUUACUAUGCAGAAUGAGUUACAGUGAGGUGUAAAAAGUUUAAAUAAAGCUUUUGAUGCAAUUGUUUAGUCGGAAGAAGUUUUAAUUAGAUUUUUUAUACCCAAUCCUGACUCACCCUGUAGACAAUAAACAUUUUCAAUAAUUUUUUUUUUAUUUUUAGAGAUAGAGGAUAAUUUAAAUUAAUACUACUCAAAAUUUUGUGAACAAUUUAUCGCUCUUUUGAAAAUUGGACUCGCCUGAUUCUUGAACUAAUUUGAAAAAACUUUAAUUAGUUGAUUCUCGAUAAAGUAGUGAACCAACUGUACGGUGAAUGUGAUUUUGUUGGACCAAUCAGAGUCAAGUUAUGAUAAACCUAUAACCUACGUGUGAUAUAUAAAAAAUGUAUGAAAAUCGAGGCGUCUGUAAAUUAAUGUAAGAUAUUUUUUUUCUUUUUAUUCAUAUUUUAUUGGAACACAUGCAAACAUUUAUAUUUUUUGUAUAUUUUACGAUCAGUGAACAUUAUUUAUUGGAACAAUUGGUCACUUUAUUACAAAUCCAUAAUUUACUAAAAUCAAAGUGUCUUUAAAUGAAUGUAAUUAAUUUUAUCUUUUUAUUAAAUUAUGGUGCUAUAUAAAGAUAAAAACAAAUUUUUUAAAUUGCUAUAAUGUUCACCAAUGGAAAAAUUUUUUACCUAGAAUUCCUAGGAAAUACUUUGCUCGAAUUGUUAUCUUUAGGUAAUUUUACUAGAAAUAUAUUGGAUAAGAUUAAUUUUUAGUUAGUUAAAGAAUUCGAGGUGAAUUAUUAUUACUAAAUUAAAGUUUUCUGUGUAACUGAGGUAUGUAAAAAUAUUUCGUCAAUCUUUCUAUCAAUUUAAACAAAAAAGUUCAUUCUGAAGAGUCAGUGUUGAAGUCUUUGCAAAAGUAACAUUUACAUAAAUAUCUUGUAGACCGCUGAAGCUUGGGCUAGUGGUUUUCCUAAAUAAAGGUAAAAAGUCACUGAAUUUGUAUAGGAGUAUGUCAGUCAGUGGUGCAGAUACUGAGAGAUGUUGCUACUAAGAAACUCAAAAUUUCGGCCCUACUGAACAUGUUGAAAAUUUGAUCGAAGUAUUUUCCCUCAUUGUUUUUCUUCUACUUUAUUUAUAAAAUACAGGGUGAUUCACAAAUGGUGACUAAACAUGAAACUUCGCAUUCAUUGGGGAAUUUUAAGGUCUUUCCUAUAAAGUUUUUAUUUAGGACGCUUCGUU